UUUCAGCACACACAGUCCUGUGCAGCGGAAGAUGGCGACUAGAGUCCUUCAUCGCCGUUUCAGCGGCCUUAAUGAGGCUAAAAACUGGACCAGGACCAAAGGACAGGUGGCCACCUUUAUCAGGGGCUUACCAGCAUCUAACCGGAAUCGUGAAGAGAGCUGGUUUAAGUCUCUGUUCGUGCGCAAAGUGGACCCGAGAAAGGACGCCCACUCCCACCUGCUAGCCAAGAAAGAGGAGAGCAACCUCUAUAAAAUCCAGUUUCAUAACGUGAAGCCUGAAUGUCUGGAUGCCUACAACAAGCUCUGUGAGGAUGUGCUGCCUUCAAUCCAUGCUGAUAAAUACUACCCCUGUGAACUGGUGGGCACGUGGAACACCUGGUAUGGAGAGCAGGACCAGGCUGUGCAUCUCUGGAGGUACAGGGGAGGGUACCCGGCCCUGACCGAAGUCAUGAAUAAGCUGAAAAAUAAUAAGGAAUUUAUGGAGUACAGGAAGGAACGAGGGAAGAUGCUGCUCUCUCGGCGCAAUCAGCUUCUGCUGGAGUUUAGCUUCUGGAACGAGCCGGUUCCACGACAAGGACCAAACGUCUACGAACUGAGAUCUUACCAGUUAAGACCGGGGACGAUGAUUGAGUGGGGUAAUUACUGGGCUCGUGCUAUUCGCUAUCGGCAGCAUAAUCGUGAGGCGGUCGGAGGAUUCUUCUCUCAGAUAGGGAAACUUUACAUGGUCCAUCACCUCUGGGCGUAUAAAGACCUAAAAUCAAGAGAGAGCACUAGAAACGCAGCCUGGCAGCACGAGGGCUGGAAUGAGGUGGUUUACUACACAGUGCCCCUUAUUCAGCACAUGGACUCCAGGAUAAUGAUUCCAAUGAAGGCAUCGCCAUUGCAGUAAAGCAGUUUCCCAAGAAGCUGAAGACAGGAACAGCUGCGACGUUGGAUAACCCUCACUGCCGCGUUAAUGAUUCCGUAAAACCUGCUUGUUCCAUAAAACCACACUGAAAAAUCACACCAGAAACCCAAAAGAACUUUUCCUGGGUCCUAAAACUUUGUUUGCUUCUCAAAUAGCAAGAAUACUUUGAUUGGAAGUUUCAUUGGGUACCAUAAUUAAACCUCACGAGAAGCACAUGAUCGGCAGCUCAGACGUCAGUGGGUCACAACCCUCUUCUGUUCUGAGAAUAAACCAUUACUGAACAGCCUCAUUCUUACAAACCAACAGAGGGAAGUAUAGAACCAGACGCUCAUUAACAAUUAUAGUCAAUUGAAAACACAGCGGUGCUUAUUAUGGUUUGUAAUGUUUUCAGAUCCACCUUUUACUGUUGGACAGAAGUUGUGAAAAGCUGUUCUUUGGUGAAAAGAACUGGACUUUGCACAGCACUGUAAAAGCACUUUAAACGUGCUUGAUGUUAACAGCGAUUAUUUUAUUUAUUGAUGUGUUUAUUUCAUAUUUAUUUGCAGUAAAUAUAAAAUAAAAUCUCUAAACUGCUUAUUCUUUCCAUCAAGUGGGGCGACAGCAUAUGCAGAUGUAUAAUACAGUUAGAAAUGUUCGCUUGUGUAUCUCUUAAACUACUUAAACUCAAACUACGCACAAAUAUGACUCCGUCGUACUGUAUGUCCAGCAGCUGGGCCUGCGGAUGUGUGGAAAACAAACCAGCAUGUACCGAUUUUCCAUGUUUGUUAUUGUCCUGUACAGUUAAGAGGUGUUAUUUAUUCAUCUGCUUGGAUAUUGUUCAGGGGUCUGUCUCACUUCCUGACAAGCUUUACAAGACAAAUGCAACUAGGAUUAAAGGGGAAUUCCAGGAAUCUUUCAGAAUUCAGUGUUUGAGAUGUAAACUACAACGGUGUUUUAGGGCCACUGUUAAUAAAAAUAGUAGACUUUGAGAAUAAAGUCAUAAUAUUUCGAGAAAAAGUUGUAAAAUUUUAAGAAAAAAAGUCAUAAUAUUUGGAGGAUAAAGUGGGCUGCUGUACUGUAUGGGGGCUGCCAUAAUGCGCUGGGGUCUCGGUUGCUGUACUGGCACCGGAGUUCCACUCAUUCCUGUCUCUUUGUGGAUCAUUUUGAUUAUCAUUCUCACUGUCUGUGAAACGUCAUGCCCUCUUUGAAUGGUGUGGAGAUGUAGCCCCCGAUAGCCGUGUAGACGACCCUGCCUGAGAUUCUCCUUCAACAAAACAGACAGACAGUUUCCUCCGAGUCCGUCUGGCUCUUUAUUCUAGAUAAACAUUUCCUGCUCAGCCGGUUCAGCCAUUUCUUAUACUAAUAACAGGCUGGUGCUGAUGUGCAGGAGAGACAGGGAGACUGAGUGUUUCUUUAUGGGUGAAUCGAUAUGAAAAUGGAACUCUACCAACUCCUCAAUGCCCCUCAUCGUACGACUUUUUUUCUCUAAAUAUUACGACUUUAUUCUUGAAGUCUACUAUUUUUAUUUUUAUUAACAGUGGCCCUAAAACACCUUCGUAGUAAACAGAGUGAGGGUCUUCCUUCCCGAUGAGAAGGUGCUGGGUUCGAAUCCCAUCUAAGCGGUCAUUGUAAAAACAAGUGGGUAAUAUCACUACCCUCCAUCCAGUAGACUGGGGUUCGAUUCCCCAAUGUGCUCAGACAAGCACAUUGCACAAUACCAGUGAGAGUCCUUGGGCUCAACUCCCAACUAUACAUUUGUCUACUUCUGUAAUAUGAUUAUUCAGUGUGGAUAAAAGAGUCUGCAAAAUGCUAAUGUAAAAAAAAACAACACAAAUUUAGCCAUUUUAUUUACUAUCUAAAACCACGAGUGAAUCUACAUGUGUCUUCUGAGUUUUAUAUGGAAUGUUGAUGAUGGUAAAAUAGUGGAAAAUCUGAAAAAAACAGGUUUUCUGCCAUGGAUAGAGAUUAGGAAAUACAUUUUAGGCCCAAAUUGUCUGAAAUCUAUUGUAAAACUGUGUCUCAGACAUCAGACAGUGAAUUCAUAACCAUUUCAUGUAGUAACUUCCUGUGAGGGAGCUUUUAGAGGUGGACGUCUGGUUCCUAUCACCACCACUGUGAACAAUUCUGACUCGGUAAGUUUCUCUAGAACAGAGCAUUUCACACCAAACCACUCUAAAUGACCUUAUUUAAUUCUUAAUUAUAAUUUAAUAACGCAGAAAAUUUGACAAAUCGGUGGAAUUCCCCUUCGGAACAGGUUGGGUGUAUAGCGUUAAGUUGUCAUGGUGAUGCAUGGUUAAAAAAGACCCGAAAAGUGAGGCAGACCCCAAUUCUGACCUCAGUCUUGUUUUUCUCCAGUAUGAUUUUCAGUAUUUACUCUUUUUGUGGCAUGAAAUUUUUGCUUUUAAAUGAUAAAAGACAAAUCAGUACCAGCUGUGAUAAACAUUAAAUGAUACAAUAAACUAUUAAAUGAUGCAGUCUGUCCUCUUGCUGUA